AUUGAUUUCGAAUAAAAAUAAUGAUGAUAAUGAUAAUAACAUUGGUAAAGAAUCAACAAUGAAAUUAAAUAUACAUGAAACAAAUUCACCUAGUUUAGAUAUAUUUUCAGAUGAUGAUGAUUUACCAGUAUCAAAACGUGAUAAUCGUAAUCUAUUUCAAAAUAUUCGUCAUAAUGUUAAACAAAAAUUUAUUAAAUUACAAUUUCCAUUAGGACAAAAUAAAUCGAAUGAUAGUGGUAGUGAAACAAAUUCCAAUCGUAAUAUGAAACAAGUAAUGAAAACAUUUAUGACCAGGCCAUUACGUUUGAAAAUACGUCCCGGUGAUACGAUUAAUGAUGGAAAAUUAUUAGUAAAUCGUUUUGGUCGUAAAAAACGUGAUCAAAAAAAUAUCAAUAUUAUUGAUACAAAAAAUCAAAAUCAAACACCUAUUAUUAAGGAUAUGCGUUAUCAAUCGGCUAACAAUAGCAGCAGCAGCACUAAUAACGCAAAUAACAACGCAAGCAAUCAAAAUAAUCAAAACAACAACAAUAAUAAUAAAGAAUUUGAUAAUGUUGAUGAUGAUGAUUCAGUAUUUAUAUUACCACAUCAACAUUAUUAUUGGAAUCCAUAUUAUCAACAAUUAUCAAAAGAACAGCGGCAAGAAUUAUUACAAGAAUUAGAUCGUGUUAUGCAUCUAUUAUUUACAAAUAUUGGUGUUGAAUUUAUUUGGAAUCAAUUGGCGUUUACAUUUAAUGCUGCAAUUGAUGAAUCGAUAGCAUUACGAAAAAUUUUACAUAUUCUUCAUGAUGAUCAUGAAGAAGAUUCUAGCGAAGAUGAAGAUGAAGCAGAAGAUUCAUUCAAUGAUGAUGAUGAUAAUGAAGAAGAAGAAGAUAAUAAUGAUGUUGGUAACGAUACAAUAUUACAAUCAUUAUUAUGGAUACAUAAUUUAGUACCAACAAGAUUAUUAGAAUCAUUAGCUAAUAAUUAUUCCAUUGGAUCAUCAACAACUAGUUGUUGUAGUUCAUCAACAUUAUCAUCAUCAUCAUCAUCAACUUAUGCAUCACCACGGUUAUGUUCACCUGAAUUUAAAAAUUUUAAUGAUAAUGAUGAAGAUUUGGAUGUUGAGGAGGAAGAGGAAGAAGAAGAAGAAUCCGAUGUUGAUGAUGAUAAUGAAAAUGGAAUAAAAAAAUCAACAUUAAAAACAAAAUUAUUAAUAUCAUUAAUGAAUCGUUGUCGUCAAUGUGGAAAAAUAACAAAAUUUUCAAGUCCAGUACAACCAGUUGGUACUGCAUGGGUUACAAUAUUAGAAUCAUGUACAUUGGCUAGAUUUUUAUUAGGUGAUUCAAAACCAUAUCCACAUGAUAAUAAUAUUGAUAAUAAUGGUGGUGGUGGUCAAAAAUUUAAUAAUAAUAAUAAUAUUGAUGAAUUAUCAUCACCACCAACAACACGUAUUGAUAUAACAAAUCAUAGUACAAGUUCAUUAUUUGUUAAUUCAAUAUCAGUAUCAAUGAAUCGUUGUUCAGCAUUAGAACCAUUAGAAGUUGGUACGGCAAAUUAUACAUUUCUUAUACAUUUUUUGGAUCAUGUUUUACAAUUAAUUUGUCAAAGUGUUAAAUCAUUUACACCUAUUGAUUUACGUGCAUCAAUUGAAUUAUGUCUGGCAUUAUGUUCAAAACUUAAACCAGCAAUAAUGCAAACAUUCACAAGAAGAUAUCGUCGUGAAUUGAAUGUUAUGAAAAAUAAAGAUUUUAUUAAUGAUACAAAUAAUGUUCAACAAUCACGAAAACCAACUAUAACAACAUGGUUUGAAACAUAUGGACAACAAAAACAACAACAACCAAAUAUACGAUCAACACAUUUAAAAACAAGAUCAUCACCAUCGGUAUCAUCAAAUUCAGCAAAACCAUCGAAUACCCAACUAGAAUUGGUACGUGAAGAAACUGAAGAAGAUGAUGAAGAUGAUGAUAAUGGUGAACAGGGUGAAAUUGAACAACCAACCGAUUCAAAUGAUAAUGAUAAUGGCUAUUAUAAUAAUGAUGUUGAUAAUGGAAUUGAUCAAUGUGAAUUUAAUGAUGAUUUUCAAAUUGAAUUAGUUGUUGAUGGAAUAUUAAAAUUUUUUGCUACAUUUAUUGAAAAAAUUUUGGUAAAAAAAUCAUCAAAUAAAAUUGAAACAUCUGAAGCAAUUUUAGAUUAUUUUCGUCGUAUAAUGUUACGAAAUAUAUCAAAUGAUCAAUUAAAUAUACAGAAUAUUAUUGAUAGAUUUUUAAUAAAUCGUCAUCAAUGUUAUUAUCCGGAAAUUAUAAUAAAUUGUCAAUUAUUACCAUUAUAUCAAUUAUUUUGUGAAUUAUUAAUUGAAAUUGGUACAAUACCAUUAUUAUCAUCACCAGCAUUUUUAUUUAAAAAACGUGAACAAAAAAAUCAAAUAAAUUUACAACAAUUUAUUAUUGAUAAUAAUAAACAACAAUCGCAACAAAUGAUUAGUAAAUCAUUUGAUAAUAUUCGUUGGUUUAUAUAUUUAAUGACAUUAACAUCGAAUGGUAUUGGUUCAUGUACACAUUGGCAUAAUAAUAAUAAUAAUAAUGAACAACAAACGAAAAUAAAACGAAAAUCAAAAAUAACAACAACAACAACAAUGAUGGAUCAAAAAUCAUUAUCAUGUUGUCAAUUACGUCAUGUAUCAUAUACAUCAUUAGCUACAAUAUUAGAUUUAAUGACAAUGACACGUGCUUAUAUUGUAUCACAACCAGAAAUAUAUCCAAAACCAAUAUCAUUUGGUAAUGAUGAAUUUCCAAUGCCAUCUUAUGUUGAUAUGACAAUUAUUGAUCUGUUUCCUCGAACAUUUGUCGCUAGAAGAUUAAAUUUUUUUCCAUUAAUACAUCCAAAAAUGUUACAAUUUGUUUAUGAAUCAACAACAUGGUUUCGUUUAGUUGCAAGUGGUCUUUGGUCAAAUUUAUCACCAGAAGAUUCUGUUUUACAUCAUUCAACAUGUGCAUUAUUACAACAAUUACAUUCAAUUUCAAAUGAUGAAUCUAUUUGUGAAGCUGUUAUUUGUGAUGAAAUGAUUGGUGGACAAAAUAAUGGAGGUACUAAUACUAUGGCUACUGUACAAUCAUCAUCAAUCAAUGGAUCAUCAUCAUAUCGAUCUUUUAUGGAUGGACAUCAUCAACCACGUUUUCAAUUAUCAUUAGAACAAGAAUCACGUCAAAUACCAAAUAAUAUGAAUAUUGUACAUCGUGCAAGAAAUAAAUUUGCCUUAAUGUUUUCAAUUAUUCGUGAUAUACGUUUUAUAUCUGAACGUUUAGCAUUAGUUGUUAAUGCUUUAGCAUCAGCAGCAAGAUCAGCAUCUGAUGGUGAUAUUGAUAUUGGUCUUAUGAAUACUACCGGUAGUAGUGUUAGUGGUGCUGGUGUUAUUGGUGCUGGUGGUGGUGGUGGUGGUAUUAGCUACAGUGAUAUAGAUCCAUUAACAAUAAAUGAAAAUUCAUCAAGUUCAAAAUUAAUUUCACAACUUGAAAUUGAAAUAGCAACCGGUAUGGAUUCAAAUCAUUAUCAAUCAUUAAUGAAUAUGGCAAUUGUUAAUAAUUUUCAAGAUUUACAUCGAUUAUUACGUAUUACAUGUCCAAUAUCACCAAUUGCAUUAUGUUCAACAUUAAAACGUCAUUUUGAUCGACCAUUAUUUAUAAUGUUGGAUGCAUUAACACAACGUAGAAAUUUAAGUGAUCAAUAUUCAAUAUCAUCGGAUUGGUUAUUACGUUGUAUAAAACAAUCGAAUUUAUUUGGUACAAAAAAUCUAAUGUUUACAUCACCAAAUGGUUUUGGUGUUACUUCAGAAUUUCAUAAUCAUUAUCUAUUGAAUAAUGCUAAUGCUGCUGCUGGUGGUGGUAGUCAUCAUGAUCAUCAUUAUUUAGAAUGUGAUAUUGGUCGUAUAUUGGAACCAUUAUUAUUUAUACUUUUACAUCCAAAUACAGCAAGAUUAUCCAUAAAAAAUGUUAAUAUUUUACGUUAUACACGAUCAAAUAAUCAAAGUCCAUCGGCUAUAAAUAUUGAUAAUGAAAAUCUAUUAAGAAAUUAUUCAACCAGGCAAGAAAUAUCGAAUGAUUCAACAUUAGAAACAACAGCAACAAAUCAAGAAGAAGAAUCAAAAAUCUAUGCAAUAACACCUACUAAUGGUAAUGUUAUUUAUCAUGUACGAAGACGUCCACCACCACCACCACAACCACAUUCACGUUCACCAACUUCAAAUGUAUCAUCAACAUCAACGUAUGGUGAACAUGUAACAAUGAAAAUUAUUACAAAUCCAAUGGAAAAAUUAUCAUCAACAAUUCAAACUACGGAUUCAGAUUGUAUUGAACAAAUUGUUCAAGAAUUAAUGGAUCGUAUUGUAUCUGAAAUUGAUCAAGAUGUUGAUAUUGAUGAAUUUAUGAUGACAGAUAAUAAAUUACGAACGGAGAAAAAAUUUCCCGGAAUGGCAUCAUCACAUUUUAUUAUUCCAACAAACGAUAAUGAUCAUCAUUCGCAACCAAAUUCAGCAACAGCGAAUGUAAUGAUGGGAAAUGAUUUUGAUAAUAUAAAAUAUCGAAAUUUAAUAAAUAAUGAUGAUGUUAAUGUAAAUAAUAAUAGUGGUAGAAAAUUACGUUUUGCUGAAAUGCAUCAACAUUUAUUAUUAUAUGAACGACGGUAUGAUUCAUUACGUACAACAUAUGCAUUAGAUACAAUAAUAGCAAUGAUUGAAACAUGGCCAUCACAUGUUUUAUAUUCAAUGUCAACAAGUAAAUUAUUUAAUGGUUCAAUUUUAUCAUUUACAAACAAUAAUAACAAUAACGCCAAUAACAAUAAUAAUUCAUCACCAUUUGUAAAUUGUCAGAAUAUUUCCCAAUCAUCAUCAUCAAUAUUUGAUGGUACUAGAUCAGCACAGAUAAAAAUUUUAUAUCAACGUCAUCAUAAUUCAAUACAAGGUGAUGGUUUUUAUCCAAAUCAUAAUCAAUCAUUAAAUUAUCAAUCAAAUAUAAAUUUGAAUAAUAUGAAUUCUACCAAUACAGCAACAAACGUUGGAACAAAUCGUGCCAGAUCUCGUUCUAAACAACAUAUAUUGGAAUCAUCAUCAACAACACCAGCAACAACAACAACAACAACAUUAUCUAAUGAUGAAAAUAUAACAUUAUUAGAAUUAAUAAUAAAAAUAUGUUUAAAAUAUUUAUGUAGUUAUUAUCCAAGUUGUCCAGCUGAUAUGGCAUCAACAAUGACAGCAAAUAAAUUACAACAAAAAAAAUCACCAUUAACAAGAACAACUGGUUUAUUGGAAGGUGGUUUAUUGGAUGAUUUAUUUUUACAAAUUCGUUCAAAUCAUUGUAUUGAUUUGGAAGCAAUUUAUGGUAAUCAACGUGUACGUUUAUUAGCCGCACAAUCAUUAUCGAAAAUAUUUCGUAAUCUAAGUCAAAUGAUUGAAAAUCGUAAUCAUAAUGAUCGUAAUAAACAUCAUAAACGACAACCAAGUGAAUCAUUAUUAUGUUUUAAUCAAUCAAAAUUAUAUGCACAAUAUUUAAAAGAAUUAUUUCAACGUUGUCAAGUACAACGUAAUAUUUUACAAUGUUUGGCUACAUCUGUUUGGCAUUAUCAGCAAAAAUUUCCAUCAAAUAAUCCAAAUACUACUACUACUAAUAGUAGUAAAAAUGAUAAUCAAAAAAGAAAAUUUAAAACAAAUCCUUCGAAUAUAACCACGAAAAGACAUGAAACAUCAUAUCUAUUUCCAGAAACAAAAUAUUCAACAAAAUUAAAUCCAGCUGAUAUUUUAUUUGUAAAAGAAAUACUUGAUUAUAAUGAUUAUCCGGAAAAUUUAUCAACAACAACAACAAAUCAAUUUGAUUUUUAUAAUAUAAAAACAUUUAAUAAUAAUCAUUAUAAUGAUGAUGAUGAUCCAAAUAAUCAACAUGGAUUUCAUGAUGAAUUUGAAAAAUGUUUAUUACAUUUAAUUGAACAGGUUAUGAUAUUAGAAUCAAGAAUACAAUCUGCUUUGGUAGAUACAACGAACGUUACUUCGGGAAAUUCAAAAACAUUAUCGCAUUCAGAUUCAUCAUCAAUUGUACAACGUGUAUCAGUAAAAGAAAUAACUGAAAUGAAUUUCGAUCCUGAUUUACCAUUACUUGGACAAACAUUAUUAAAUGGUUCAUUAUAUUAUGCAUUACAACAGAAUUAUCGUCGUCAUAUUCAUAAUGAAUGGUUAUCAUUUAUUGAAUCAUCAUUACAUUAUGCUGGACGUUUUAUGCCACGUUUAGUUUUAACGGCUGUUAAUCAAUUAUGUCGUAAUAUUGAUUCAAUAACAAAAGAAAUUGAACAAUUUGCUCGUACAUCAUGUUUUGUAUCAUCACAAUUAAAUUUACCACCAUUUGUAUAUAAACAUUUUGCACAAACAUUACAAGGAAUAUCAAUGAUUUAUUCAUAUUGUUUAUUAGAUCGUAAUCAAUUUGAUCUUUUAGCACCAGUAUUAACUGAAUUAUUUAAUGAUAAUCAAGAUGAUUGGUCAAGAUUAUUUGGUUUAACAUCUAAUCGUCGUUAUCGUCGUCGUUAUUUUGAUAUAAAUAAUAGUUUUAUUAAUGAACAAUGGACAUUAAGUCAAAAUGGUAACAUGGCAACAUCUGUAUCGAAUAAUGAAUCAACUGGUGCUAUACAAGCAAUAUCAUCUAUAUUACAUAAUUUUAUGGUAAUGCCUAUAUCUGGUUCAAAUACAACAGGUACUACAAGUGGUGGUUCAAAUAGUUCAACUGUUACAACUAGUACAAAUGAUCAAACGGAUCAAUCAAAUCCAACAGAUUCAGAUAUUGUUAUAUCACAACAGGAUACAUUACCAAAUAAUUUAGCAUUAACCCGACAACGUAUACUUGAUUAUACAAGUUUAAAUCGUGUGCUGACAGCAUUAUUUCAAGUUUGGUGUACAAUGAUUGUACGUGAAGAAAUUAAUAAUAAUGGACAAACAUUACAAACAACAUCAUUGAUUAAUCAACAACAAUCAGCAUGUUGCCAUCCAUAUGUACGACAAUUUUAUUCAAUCGAUACAAAUCAUAAUAGAAAUAAUGAAAAAAAUUGUCGUUAUUCACAAUCAAAUUGUAGUCUUGGUUGGUCAUCAUCAAUUUAUACUGGUUGGUAUAUAACUGGUUCAUCAAUGAUGUUAGGUCAGGCAAUUGUUACUAUAUUGAAUAUUGUUGCCGUAUCAAAUGGUAUAUCAUUAAUGAAAUCAAUAGCACGUGUUUGGCAUGAUCUUCGUGAUCGUUCAUUACCUGUUAAUAAUAGUAAUCCAACAAAUGAUUCAUCAUUAUUAGCCGAUUCAAUUGAUAUGGUUAUUACACCGGCAACAUCAGCACAACAAAAACUAGUCCAAUUAAUAUCAUCAUUACAACCGAUUCUUAAUCUUGAAUAUUUAAUACAAAUUGUACGUGCUGUACUUAAACCAUCAUCAUCAAUUUCAACAUCAUCAACAUCGACAACAACAACAACAGCUGCUACAGUAAAUUCAUCAACAAGUUCAGCAUCAUCGAUUACUACUGAAGUUGAAUCUACACAACAUUCAUUCACUUCAAAUCCAUUUGAUAAUAUAUUUUUAAUUGAAGUAUCAUUAUUGGAAUUUUUUCUUGCAUAUAUUCGUACUUGUCCAGGUGAACUGUUAUUAAAAGUUUGUCGUUCAAUGAUUGCAUUGAUUAAAGAUAGUUUUGCACUUAACCUUACGGCAUCAGUACCAUAUGAAACAUUUUGGCCACGUUCAAAACAACGACAACCAAUUAUACCAUCAAGUUCAGUGCAGAUAAAUUUUCAACCAUUAAUUAAUAUACAUUUAUUAGCAAUAAUGCAUCAUUUUGUUGUUGCAUCACCAUCGGUUGAAGAUCGUCGUGCACAAAAAGAAUUACAAGAUGUUACACAACGUUUAAUUGAUGCUAAUAUUAGUGUUGCUGGUGGUCGAUUAUUACCAUCACGGUUUUGGUCAUUUCGUCGUAAUUUUGAAGUAAUGCCUGUUAAUAGUGAUCAUCAAAUUGGACAUCAUCAUCAACAAUAUCAACAACAACAACAACAACAAACUGGACGACCAUCACCAACUGCUACACAUCGUUCAGGUUCAGCAUCAACAACACCUAUUACUGAAGAAGCAUUAUCUAAUUCACAUAAUGAACAAAAUAUUUCAUUUAAACGUGGUUUGUUUCGAUCAUCUGCAUCGGUUCAAUUUCAACCGGAUCGUAGUCCAUCAAAUACAAUACAACGUACAAUGACACCAACUCAUGAUGAUUAUCAUCAUCUUUCGGAAUUACAACAACAGCAGCAACAACAACAACAACAGGAUAGUCUUUUAUUUGGUCUAUUUAAUUUUAAUCUAUCAUAUUUAUCAACCGGUUCAAAUCAAUCAAAUCAUCAGGAUUUAGCAAAUACAUCACAAAAUUUAUUUUAUAGUUAUUUUUGUAUCAAAGCAUUAUAUGCAAUGGCAGAGUUUGCAGCACCAGUACUGGAUGUUGUUUAUGCAAGUGAAGAAAAAGAAAAAAUGAUACCAUUAAUAACGAAUUUAAUGUCAUAUGUAAUACCAUAUCUUAAAUCACAUAGUCAACAUAAUCUACCUUGUUUUGAUGCUUGUUCACGUUUAUUAGCAUCAUUUUCUGGUUAUCAAUAUACACGUAAAGCAUGGCGUCGUGAUUCAUUAGAAUUAUUAUUAGAUCCGGCAUUUUUUCAAAUGCCACCCGAAUGUUUACAAUCAUGGCGUACAAUUAUCGAUCAUCUUAUGACACAUGAUAAAAAUACAUUUCGAGAAUUUCUUCAACGUAUGUCAAUUGCACAAAGUCCAUCUGUUUCAUUUAAAAUAUUUGUACCAUCAUCAACAAAAGAUCAAGAAUCAGAACCACGUGCACAAUUAGUUAAACGUUUAGCAUUUAUAUUGUUUUGUUCGGAAAAAGAUCAAUAUCAAAGAUAUAUGGCCGAAAUACAGGAAAAAUUAAUUGAAAUACAUCGUACAUCGCAACAACAAUCACAAUCAUCAUCACAAUUACAUUCACAAUCAAUAUUACAAUCACAGGUAUUGUUAGCAUUUCGUGUUAUAUUAUUACGAAUGUCACCACAUUAUCUUGCUUCAUUAUGGCCAUUUAUUUAUACUGAAAUGUUUCAAGUAUUUCUAAGCAUUGAACAAGCUUUACUCAAAGUUAUUCGUGAUGAACAAAAAAAUGAUCCAAAAUGGUCAGAUUCGGCUACAAUUUCACCAUAUAAUAUUCAUCUGGAUAUACCGGAUUUUCUUGCAACACAAUCAUCAAUACAUCGAUCAUCAUCAUCAUCAAAUUUUUUACAACAACAUCGUACAUCGAAAUUAGAACCAAAAAUACCAACAGCACAAUUACAAUUAUUUUUAAAUGCCUGUAAAUUACUUGAUCUGGCAUUAUUAUUACCAUCAGAUAUUUUACCACAAUUUCAAUUACAUAAAUGGGCAUUCAUUAAUACAGAUUCAUUUCCAUUAUCAACAAAUAUACGACAACCAAUCGAUUGGCUUGGUGGUAUAUCACCAUUUGCUGAACCAAUUGUAUUGAAUUUACAAACAGAUUCUUCAAUUAUAUCGAAUAUAAGUCAACAAUCAUCUGAACAACAAACAACAUCAUCAACAUCAUCAUUAGGAAUGGUUGAAAAUCUUAAAUCAUUACCUGAAACAAUAUCAUUAAAUUCAACAAUAACAUUUGAUUCACCACAAUCAUUACCAGCUAAUUUGAAUUCAUCAUCAUCAUUAUCUUGUUCAUCUACAAUUACAUUAAAUCAUCAAUGUAAUAAUAAUAAUAAUAAUGAAGCAACAUUUAUUCCACAUGUUGUUUUUAUUAAUCAUUUACUUAAUUAUUUAACGGAUUCUAUACCGAUUAUAUCACAAUCAAAUGUAACAAUGUGUCCAUUAUUAACAAUGUCAACAAUUGAAUCGAUUCAUGAUUUACAUCCAUUUUUUGCUGCAGUUUUAUCACGUUCAAAUCAAAAUACAAUGUUUACAACUAGUACUCAACAACAACAACAACAACAUUGUAAUCAAUCAAAUUUUGAACGACAACCAAAUGAAUCAUCAUCAACAUCAUCAUCAUCAUAUCGUCGUUCAUUAGAAAAUCGUACACAUUCAGCUAAUGCAUCAAUAAAUUCACAAAAACAACAACAACAAUCAGAUCGUCGUAAAUCUUCAAAAAAUAAUGGUCGCCGUAAAAUAGUGGCUGAUCAAUUAUUAAUGAAUAAUUGUGGUGGUUGUUCAUUAGAUGAACUUUAUAUUAAUAUUGAUCGUAUUAUUGCAAAUGAUUUUCUUGAACCAUUACCAUCAUCAUCAACAAAUUUAUCAUCAGAUUAAUUGAUGGAUUCCUUCCCUCUCUCUCUCUGUCCUCCUUUUUACAACCGAAACACAACAUUAGAUAUUUUUAUUUUUACAUUAUUUUCUCAUUGUUUUUUUUUUGGUUCAUUCCAAUUAUUACAAUAACAAAACAAAAAUACAUUUACAACCUUUGAUUAUAUAUUUUCCAUAUUCUGUGUAGUUUUGAAUCAAUCAAUCAAUGAAACGAAUGUAAAAUUGUUAUUUUAUUUAUCUAAAUUU